UGUAGUAACUGGAGAAUGAUGCAUUUCACGUGGGAUCUGUUUACAGAAGACAGGUGCAGCGCAACUAGACAUCUUCCGAGCUGCGUAAUUGCGCGAUUGUUUUUAAAUGCCAAUUUAUAAGCACCGCAGACGGACGGUGGGACACAGGGACUGCCUCUCCACCCUCACGUCUCCAUCUCACGUUACCGAGAUGUAGUGAAGCGGCGAGGCCAUAGCAGAACCCAACCGCGACAUAAGAGCCUCCCUCCUCCUCAGAAUGUGAUAAAAUACGCUCGGGGGGCAAUUACGCGCCUGCGCGAUCGUUUACUUCGCCGAAUCUCCUUUUACCCAACAAGUCAACGACGGGGUGCGCACCUGCGCGCGGGCGAGAGGGUUGACUAUGGGGCUGGCAGCGAGGCUCUACCAUGUCUGCUCGGUCAGUCGGUGCUGUGAGUGACGGCGGCAGCUGCGAAGCUGGAGGAAGAAUCCUCUCAUGGGACAGUCCUGAAGCGCAACGUGAGGAGCGCACAUACCUCCAGAACACGGAUGACAUCAAGACUCUCCCCGCUGCGCCCGACAGCUGACACCGCCGAGGGCCGACUAGGCUCCGGGAGAGGAGACGGGUCCACCUCCAGCCAGGCGGACACUUUUAAAGCCUAGGUGCUGGGCGCAUAGCAUGGGAGCGCAAUGUUAUCUAGAAAAGGACUCAUUCCUGAAGAUUACCUGCUGACACGCUUAGCAGAGGAUGUCCAGCAGCCGAAAUACAAGACUAAACAAGGGAAGGCUCGGUUCGUGAGGAAGAACGGCGCCUGUAACGUAGCGCACACCAACAUCAGAGAACAGGGUCGCUUCUUGCAGGACGUGUUCACCACUCUGGUGGAUUUAAAAUGGCUCCACACGCUCAUCAUCUUCACCAUGUCCUUCCUGUGCAGCUGGUUGCUCUUCGGGAUGAUCUGGUGGCUUGUUGCCUUUGCGCACGGCGACCUAGACCAGAAAGGAGACGACUUUGUCCCGUGCGUAACGGACAUCCACUCCUUCUCCUCUGCGUUCCUCUUCUCCAUAGAGGUCCAGGUAACCAUCGGCUUCGGGGGUCGGAUGAUCACAGAAGAGUGCCUCUCAGCCAUCAUCAUCCUCAUCCUGCAGAAUAUCGUUGGACUGGUCAUCAACGCCAUCAUGCUGGGGUGCAUCUUCAUGAAAACCGCGCAGGCUAAUAGGCGCGCGGAGACGCUCAUCUUCAGCAAGCACGCGGUCAUCUCCCUCCGAAACAACAGGCUCUGCUUCAUGAUCCGCAUCGGGGAUCUGAGGAAAAGCAUGAUUAUCAGCGCCACUGUGCGGAUGCAGGUGGUCCGGAGAACCACCACUGACGAGGGGGAGGUGGUUCCUCUGGACCAGAUCGACAUCCACAUGGAUAACCCGGUGGGCACCAACGGAAUUUUCCUGGUGUCUCCCCUCAUCAUCACCCACGUGAUCGACAAAACCAGCCCUCUCUACAAUCUGUCACGCGACGACCUGGAGCAGCAGGACAUCGAGGUGAUCGUGGUGCUGGAGGGCGUGGUGGAGACCACAGGCAUCACCACGCAGGCCAGGACCUCCUACGUGUCAGAGGAGAUCCUGUGGGGGCAACGCUUUGUGCCAACAGUCUCCGAGGAGGACGGCAUUUACGCGGUGGACUACUGCAAGUUCGGAAACACGAUGAAAGUCCCGACUCCGUGCUGCAGCGCCAAGGAGCUGGAGGAGGCAGGAGACAGCGCCAGGUUUAGCCUGAACGAGGGCGCCACCUCGCGGACGUCCGUGAGAAGGAGGCGCAAAGCCUCGGUGGUCCGCAAAUCCAGGAUGGAAAACAAGUGAUGCAACAAGUCUGCCGCACUGAACAGCUUUAAAACAUUAUUUAGUAAAGCAUAUUUAUUUACAGCAUUUAAAGCAUGGAUUAAAAAUGUUUACCUCAGGUCAGAGAACACUGGUGUUAAGUAGCCCUGGUAUCCAGAGUGAAUGCUCUAUUUUACAAUGAGUGAUGCAUGAAUUUAAAAUUAAUACAAGAUAUUGUUUAAAUUAAGGGAAAACCACAAAGUUUGGACAUUCACAGGUGCAGAGAGAAUUCAUUCAUGAACUUUUGUAUUUGAAUUUUCUGUGACUUUAUACUUUUUACUCUACGUGCAUCUUUGGAAUAUGUAAGUUAGAACAGCUAUGCAAAAUAAAUGCACAAUACAAUUAAGUUA